GAAAUUUCAGACUUCUUCUUUCAAAUUGUUCGUGACACUGUAGAAUAUCGAGAGAAAACGGGUAUACAACGAAAAGAUUAUCUUAAUAUAUUAAUGGAGUUAAGAAAAUCAGAGACAUCAGAUGCUUUAACAAUGGAAGAGAUGACUGCACAGACAUUUUUACUUUUUGUAGCAGGUUUUGAAACAAGUUCAAGUGUAAUGAGUUUUUGUUUAUACGAACUGGCUUUAAAUCCAGACAUUCAAGAGAAGGCUCGGACGGAAAUGAAUGAAGUUAUGGCUCAGCAUGAUGGCAAACUUACUUAUGAAGCAGUUAAAGAAAUGAAGUAUUUACUUCACUGUAUGUACGAAACAACGCGUAAGUAUUCAGUUGUACCGGUUAUCGUACGCAAAGCUGCCAAGGACUAUAUUUUACCAAAUACAAAUCAUGUCAUUGAAGAAGGAACUAGAGUUGUUUUGCCAAUUGAUGCCUUACAUUAUGAUCCAGACAUAUAUCCAAGUCCUCAACGUUUCGAUCCCAACCGAUUUUCGACAGAAGAAAUUGUAAAACGUCAUCCAAUGGCAUAUAUGGGUUUCGGCAAAGGACCACGAGCUUGUAUUGGUUACAGAUUUGCCUAUAUGCAAAUUAUAAUUGGUUUAUAUAUGAUGCUUAAAAACUAUCGAUUUUCUCCCACCAAAGAAACACAAAUACCUAUGAAAUAUAAAUUGAAUAAACACUUUCGUGAUGCUGAAAGAGGAGUGUAUUUGAAAAUAGAAAAAUUGUGAAAGAUGUGUGAAAUGUUGACAUUUGUUUAUGACAAAAUACUAGUAUCAUAGAAAAUAAUAGUAAUAAAAAAGAUUAACAAAUAAUAAUUUGUGGUUACUUAUCCGAAUUACAUAGUCGGGUGAAAAUAUUCUUCACACAUUUCCACUUUGUCCGUUCAUUCUCCAAUCUCAUACAUGAAUUGCGGUUACUGACACUUGAUUUUAAUAUUCUGUCAUUCUAUAAGAUUUUUCUUUCUGCUGCCUUUCUAUUGUUGUCAUGAUCAUAACACAAGGUCUGAUGAUGGACUUUACAUCAAUUAGUUGGACUUUUGUUAUUCUGUACUCCUGCAAAGAUUUGGAUUCAAAUUGAUCACUAUCUGC